CUACAGUUCUCCACUGUACAUAAAGAGACCCGGAGUAAGGAUGAGAGAAAUUGUUCAUCUCCAGCUUGGACAAUGCGGAAAUCAGGCAGGAACUAAGUUUUGGGAAAUUAUAUCGGAUGAGCACGGGAUAUCAGGAGAUGGAAGGUUUGAGGGAGAAUCCAGUCUUCAGGCGGAGAGAUUAGAGGUUUACUGGUCAGGUUCAGAGCUCAGACCUCAACAUCUCUCUGAUGCCUUCCUUCAAGCAUCCAACUCGAAGUGGGUGCCCAGAGCUAUUCUAUGUGACCUGGAACCUGGAACCAUGGAUACAAUUAAAGCUGGAAAACAGGGGAAAAUGUUCCGCCCAGAUAAUUUUGUAUUUGGAUCCUCAGGGGCGGGGAACAACUGGGCUAAAGGAUAUUACACAGAGGGGGCGGAGCUCAUAGAGCAGGUUAUGGAUGCUACAAGGAAGGAGGCGGAGCACGCAGAAUCUCCUCAAGGUUUUCAACUUGUUCAUGCACUCGGAGGAGGGACGGGUUCAGGGUUAGGUUCUCUUCUGAUCGGCAGGAUCCGGGAAGAGUAUCCUGAUAAGAUAAUGAAUACACACUCCGUCAUACCUUCUCCUAAAGUAUCUGAUACUGUUGUUGAACCCUACAAUGCUAUACUCUCUUUAAACCAGCUGGUUGAGAAUACCGACGAAACAUAUAUUAUCGACAAUGAAGCUUUGUAUGAUAUAUGUUUCCGAACCUUGAAGCUGAAUACUCCGACCUACGGUGAUCUGAACCAUCUCAUCUCUCUAACUAUGUCCGGAGUUACAACCUGUCUCAGGUUUCCGGGACAGCUAAACGCAGACCUCAGGAAGCUUGCUGUAAACAUGGUUCCUUUUCCUAGACUACAUUUCUUUAUACCAGGUUUCUCCCCCCUGCAGGCUAGAGGUACUCUUCAGUACCGUAGUUUAUCCGUCCCGGAGAUAGUUUCUCAAAUGUUCUCUCCGUCCAACAUCAUGGCGGCCUGUGAUCCCAGGAUGGGACGGUUUCUCACCGUAGCGGCAAUAUUCCGAGGCCGGUUAUCAAUGAAGGAUAUAGAUGUGCAGAUGUCAGGGAUACAGGAUAAAAACUCGUCAUAUUUUGUCGAGUGGAUUCCGAAUAAUAUCAAAACUGCUGUUUGUGACAUACCUCCCAGGGGUCUCAAGAUUUCGGGAACAUUCAUCGCCAACUCUACAGCAAUCCAGUCGUUGUUUAACCGAAUGCUGGUUCAGUUCACAUCAAUGUUUCGGAGAAAAGCAUUUCUUCACUGGUAUACAAGUGAGGGAAUGGAUGAACUAGAAUUUAGUGAGGCAGCUGGGAACACUCAGGAUCUAAUAUCUGAAUACAUUCAAUACCAAGAGGCAGAGGUUGAUUAUGAUGAUGAUGAUGAGUACUCUGAGGACGAGGUUGAUCUGGAAGAUGUAUAGCAAUUACAGCAGGAAGUUGAUCUUCCACAACCAAACACAACAGAUGAUGAACAGUCAGAGGAGAAUGAUGAACAAGAUGAUGACACAGAAGGAAAAGAUUCUAAAAUGGAAACAGAUGCUGAUCCAUCUGAGGAACCCGAAGGAGAACCUGAACCUGAAACUGAAGAAGAAGAUCAUCAGUCGGAUGCAGAUCCUGAAAAUAAGGAAGACGUUUCUGUAGAACCUGCUGAUGGUGCUACCGAAGAACCAGCUGAAGAAUCUGCUGAUGAUUCUUUUAAAGAACCUUCUGAAGAGCCUAAAGAUGAAGAAUAGUAGUCAAGGGCGGAUUUAAAAUAAAAUAAAAGUCAGACUUUUAUCAAUUUCAAGCUAUGAAGAAAAAGUAAUAACAAAAACAUUAUAAAAAUAGUUGGUAUUUUCCUGUACCAGGAAAAAAUAUUUUUGUCAA